AUGGAUUUCGGGUCCUUGGAGACUGUGGUAGCCAACUCUGCUUUCAUUGCUGCCCGAGGUAGCUUUGAUGGGAGCAGUGCCCCAUCCUCCCGGGACAAGAAGUACCUGUCCAAACUCCGGCUGCCCCCACUGUCCAAGUGUGAGGGCCUCCGCGACAGCCUCAGCUUGGAGUUCGAAAGCCUAUGCUCAGAGCAGCCUAUUGGCAAGAGGCUCUUUCAGCAGUUCCUGAAGACAGAUGAGAGGCACGUGCCGGCCCUGGAGCUCUGGAAAGACAUCGAGGACUAUGACACAGCUGAUGAUGACCUGCGGCCCCAGAAGGCACAGGCCAUCUUGGCAGAGUACUUGGACCCAAAGGCCACACUCUUCUGCAGCUUCUUGGAUGAAGGCAUGGUGGCAAAAGUGAGGGAAGGUCCAGCUGGGAGCCAGGAUGGCCUCUUCCAGCCCCUUCUUCAGGCCACACUAACUUACCUGAGCCAGGAUCCCUUCCAGGAGUACCUGAAUAGCCUUCACUUUCUGCGGUUCUUGCAAUGGAAGUGGCUGGAGGCUCAGCCCAUAGGCGAGGACUGGUUCUUGGACUUUAGGAUCCUGGGAAAAGGGGGCUUUGGGGAGGUGUCUGCUUGCCAGAUGAAGGCAACUGGUAAAAUGUAUGCUUGUAAGAAGCUCAACAAGAAGCGAUUGAAGAAGAGGAAGGGGUACCAGGGUGCCAUGGUGGAGAAGAGGAUUCUGGCCAAAGUGCAUAGCAGGUUCAUUGUGUCUCUGGCCUAUGCAUUUGAAACCAAGACUGACCUCUGUCUGGUGAUGACCAUCAUGAAUGGAGGUGACAUAAGGUACCACAUCUACAAUGUGGAUGAGGAGAACCCUGGCUUUCUGGAGCCCCGUGCCAUCUACUACACGGCACAGAUCAUCAGCGGCCUGGAGCACUUGCACCAGCGGCGGAUCGUCUACCGUGACCUCAAGCCUGAGAAUGUGCUGCUGGACAACGACGGAAAUAUCCGAAUUUCUGACCUUGGGCUGGCCGUGGAGCUGAAGGAAGGGCAGAAUAAGACCAAGGGCUAUGCAGGGACCCCAGGCUUCAUGGCCCCUGAGCUCCUGAAAGGUGAAGAGUAUGACUUCUCCGUGGACUUCUUUGCCCUGGGGGUCACACAUUAUGAAAUGAUUGCAGCCAGAGGACCCUUCCGAGCAAGAGGAGAGAAGGUGGAGAACAAGGAGCUCAAGCAGCGAAUCCUCUCAGAGCCUGUCAAGUACCCGGACAAGUUCAGCCAGGCCAGCAAGGACUUCUGCGAGGCACUGCUAGAGAAGGACCCAGAGAAGCGCCUGGGCUUCAGGGAUGGAAGCUGUGAUGCACUGCGAGCCCACACCCUUUUCAAAGACAUUAGCUGGAGGCAGCUCGAGGCUGGGAUGUUGAUCCCUCCGUUCAUCCCAGACUCUAGGACUGUCUAUGCCAAGAACAUUCAAGAUGUUGGUGCCUUCUCUACAGUCAAGGGUGUAGUCUUCGACCAAUCUGACACAGAGUUCUUCCAGGAAUUUGCCUCCGGCAACUGCCCCAUUCCCUGGCAGGAGGAGAUGAUAGAGACAGGAAUCUUUGGGGAGCUGAAUGUGUGGCGCCCUGAUGGGCAGAUGCCUGAUGACAUGAAGGGGAUCAUGGUGGAGGAGGCUGCCCCUGCAUCCAAGUCAGGAAUGUGUCUGGUCUCCUAG